AUGGCAAAUUUUAAUUUCCAACAUCCGGAUAAAUUUGACUUCCAAAAGCAGGAACAGUGGGAAAAGUGGUUAAAACGGUUUGAGAGAUUUAGGCUUGCGUCAGGAUUAGGAGAAAAAGACGAAGAAGUGCAAGUUAACACUUUAAUUUAUUCAAUGGGACCAGAAGCAGAAGAAAUUAUGUCAUCGUUCAAUCUUUCGAAUGAAAACAGCAAGAAAUAUGACACUGUAGUGGAAAAACUCAAUCAGCAUUUCAUUCCAAAAAAGAACGUUAUUUUCGAAAGAGCCAAAUUCAAUCAACGAUCACAAAUGGCUGGUGAAAGCGUGGACAGCUUCAUCACAGAACUGUACCAUUUGGCAGAAAAUUGUGAGCUUAGGGACUUACAUGAUAGUUUAAUUCGCGACAGGAUUGUGGUCGGUAUCCGAGACCACAAAUUGUCCGAAAGACUACAGCUUGACCCAACACUGUCGCUAGAAAAGGCGGUGACUGAGGCCAAACAACGAGAGUCGGUUCGAGCCCAACAAGCGGUAGUAAGAGGCGAACCGUCAUCUACAGUUGAGGUAGUAACAAGACGGCAACACAAGACUCAGGGGCACCGGAACUGGAAGCCAGAGAAAACACCGGUCCCAUCUACGCCAGCAAGCAGGGAUUGUCAGCGUUGUGGCAACACGCCGGGGCACCCUCGAAACAAGUGCCCGGCAAAAGAUGCGAAGUGCCGUAAAUGUCAAAAAGUAGGACACUUCCAAAAGAAAUGCCGCUCAACCGUUGGAGCCGUGAACGAGGCUAGCAACACCGAGCAUUCCGACGAAGACGAGUCCUUCCUUAGUACAGUACGGGAUCAACGACCACGGACCCGUGGAAAGUGA